AUGGUUCCUGUUUUGACCCCACAAUUUCAUUCUUCACCUUCAGUUUCUGACUUUACAGCCUUUAUAAACCGCUCCAAUGUCGUUUCCAUAACGAGCAAUCUUUAUGAGUCUUAUAAAGAAGCCAUUCAUUCCUCGAAUGUAUCCAUGUAUUGCACCAAUUCGUCUACACCUACUGGCAAUGAGUGUGGAACAUGUUUAGUUGUAGAAUUAGGAGGCUCCACUCUAAGAAUUGCAGUCUUACGCUUGGAAAAAAGGAAAUACGAAAAUCUUUAUCAAAGAGAUUGGACAUUAACUGAGAGUGAUAAGGUGAUUGACUUGAAAUUUUUUGAUGAAAUUGCCCAAAAGAUAACAAACAUUCCCAGUCUAAGAUCUCACUUUCGAAACGAUACAAUUCGAAUAGGCAUAUCUUGGAGCUUCCCAUUAGAACAAACUUCAUCAUCCCAGGCAGUCCUACAAACAAUGGGUAAAGGAUUUCGACUUUCAGAGUCGACACAUGGUCAGGAUCUGAAAACACUUUUCGAAAACAGCCUCAAAUCGAACGGGAUUGAUGCUUCUGUGGAGAGCAUCAUAAAUGACUCAGUUGCAGUUUUCGUUGCUGGGAAUUACUUGGAAAGCUGCGUAACGGGAUUAGUUGCUGGCACUGGCGUCAAUUGUGCUUUGGUUGUCGAUAGGAAAAUGAUUGGAUUACAAAAGUCACAGGAACAGAUUCGGCCUUUACGAAAGGGAAACUUCGACAAAGUAGUUCUGAACUCCGAACUAGGUUUCUUUGGUGGUUUUCUGUGUCAACAUAGUACCAUCUGGGAUAAAAUGGUGCAUGAGAACUGGGCACUACAUCACUCAGUUCAAACGAACCAACCACAUAUGACUCUUGCUCUUGGAUGUUUUCAGCCGAUUGAAAUGAUGUGUUCUGGCCGAUAUAUUGGAGAGUUGACAAGGCUAGCUAUUCUGUCGCUAAUUGACUCUAAACAGCUAUUCAAAGGAAGUCGGCAAAAUAUCCCUAGUGCAUUUAACGUUCCGUAUAGCCUAGGAGGAGCAAUUGUUAGUGAAAUCUACGAAUCAGAAGGACAUCUACCUGAGCUCUGGGCUCCCCUUGCCCCUUCACAAGAAGAUUACCAGAUAUUGUUUAAGGUUGUUGAUUCGAUAAUUGAAAGAGCGUCUGUAGUUUUGGGGUGUGCUAUCAUUGCUCUUCUGAAGCUCAGCGAGUCUUCAGCUACAAUUGACCCGACUGGAAGUGGUUCAUGUCGACCUUACCGAAUCGGGUAUGUUGGUUCAGUGCUAAAGUGUUUCAAGCCUUAUCGGGAAAAAGUUGAAAUGGUUUUGAAUUUGGCCUCAAAACUUCAAAUCAUCAAUCGACCAGCCUCCCUCAUUUACAUAGAUGAUAGUAAUCUAGUUGGAGCGGCAGUUUCAGUCUUCACACCAGAAUGA